CAAAAUGGCGGACGAUGAAGAUGGAAUAUGGUUACAGGAACAGACCGCAGGAUAUUCUGCUGGAAAUAACGAAUCGAGUUUCGGAGAUACAGGUUUCGAUCAAAGUUUCAGUGGGAACGGUGAUAUGAAAAUAGAAGACCCAAAUAAUGGUGGACAGAGAGGAUUUGCACCCAGACAAACUACGUCUGCUACGUCAUUGUCUCACAAUGAAAGCAAUUCAUCACUGCAGUUAACAGAUGACGACGAUGAUGGUGACACUACUAAUCUCAAAAGUUACAAAGAUAGAAGACGAAGUGCUCAUACAGCAGCUGAGCAAAAAAGAAGAGAUGCAAUCAAGAAAGGAUAUGAAGAUUUACAGUGCAUUGUGCCAACGUGUCAGCAGGCUGAUACUGUUGGAUCACAGAAACUCAGCAAAGCCGCCAUUCUUCAAAGAUCAAUAGAUUAUAUACAGUACUUGGUUCAACAGAAAAAGAAACAAGAAGAUGAACUGAGUGCACUGAGAAAAGAAGUCAUGGCGCUUAAAAUUAUGAAAGCGUAUUUUAAAACCAUCAUGGAUGCACAGUUCCAGUCCUUUAAUUCUUCAAUAUCAGUAGUCAGUUUUGCUGAAUUGUCACAAGGUGUGUUCAGUUGGUUGGAGGAGUAUUGCAAACCACAGUCACUUCGUGAAUUGGUUCUGAGAGUACUGCGAAAUCUCAACAGUCAACUUUAUUAGGAAUUCACAGGAUCGUGUUUUGAAUUAAUGAUAAUUUAUUUCUUAUUUUAAAAUAAUUUGAGCUGCAUUUUUUUAUGCCAGUUGUUAGUCCCCGUUCGGACGCAGUCUGAAAACGGGGACUUAUGUUUUGCCCUGUGUGCGUCCGUGCGUCUGUGCGUCCGUGCGUCCGUGAUCACCUGUAUCUCGAACAUGCAUGGACCGAUUGAGUUCAAACUUCACUCAUACAUCACACAUUAUAUGGG